UUUCAAUCAAGUUUUAUGGAUAAUGCUUUCAACAUAUUCAACAAGCGUGAAGAUACGCGAGUUGUCAACGCAGCAGAGCUCUAUCCCAACGGCAAAGCAUUCUGAAUAUCAAGUGGCCACAUGUGGUCGGCAAAGUGAACUAACACUGCCGUCUUUGUGCUUCUAUUCUCGAGGAAUGUGCCCACCCUCUUUGCCAAAGAGAGCGAAAUGGAUAUAAAUCCCCAUCUUACCUCAAUUCAUUUCAACCAAAGGUCGUCGUUAUGUCUCAACCACCAUUGGCAACACCAGACCUCUUCGACUGGGGUCGUCACCGACCAUCAAACGCUGCGCCUGUUCUUACGAAAUUGCAUUGCAUACUUCUGGAUGCCACCACUUCUGCAAUUAUAGCUUCUCAACCCCAUGCUACCGGUCCCUACUUUGCGGGGUCCAGAAAGUGUUGCUGGAACACUCUGAUCCAAGAUCCGACCGAUCUUCAACGCAUCCUAGCACAGUACGGUCUCGAAACUGUCCCAGGAAUCGCUGGAAUCCGAAUGGAGAUUUGGGCUAUAACCAAGGAUUGUGGGGUGCAGGAUGUGCAGCUCGACUUCUACUGUAUCGUCCUGGGGUUAUGGGCUCUGGAUGGUGCGGGCAGAACCCUCCUGCACACCAGUGACACCACAGAGGAAGUCGAUAGUAUGCGUGCGGUGAUCUAUUUCAACAUACCAAUACCAACACCUCCCCACGAAGAUAUUCUCCCAACAGUUGGUUGGGCAUGUGUGGUCGGCAUUAUUGCUCACGAGGUAAAGAUGACGUGGAAUAUUGAUGGUUCACGAGUUGAGGCUUUUGUUUAUACACAACGGAAAGGUGCGAAUUUGAAUCCUCUAGAGUCUUUGGGAUACCUCGGCGGGCCUUGCUUGUUGGAAGAAUCCGAAGAUGAUGUUGUUAUUUCAACCUUCAGAAGAGAUCCAUCAUUCCAAGGUACCAGUUCUUAGACAUAGAGGAAUCAUGAAAUGGAUGGCUUGUCUCUGUGGGUAACUAGUUGCUGAGCAAGUAGGAGUAGUGCGCUCAGCUCGAGGACUGCUUAAAAGCUAAAACUUUGAUCUACCACCGUUGUGCAAAGUGCGUCCGUCCGACAGAAAUUCUUCAAACUCUCCAAGUCAACAAUGUCAUACUUGGCAUCGCUCUCAUCGUUCAGCUCGAGACUAAAUCAUGAUCGUCAAAGUAUCAAUGACGUCCUUGACCCUCGACCCUUCAUGCAUCAUUAACUCAUCCCGCAAUAGCACGAUACUAUUCACGCUCGAUUUUAGCGUCGUCGUAUUUAUUCUUGAAGCUAAACUCUAGUAUGCUCCACGCCCGAGCGGGAUGCACACUUUGCAGAUCUUCACCAUUUUCCUGUCAGUCAAAGCACAUGC